AUGGAUGACGGAUCAGAGGAGCUUAAAACCAUGUACUACAAGCACUUAGACGAGUACGAAAAGACACAACUAAGGGUCUUCUUCCUAGAAGAGAUGCAGCGUACUUGUCCAAAAUGGAUUGGAGUCUACCGACAAAACAAACUCAAGGCUGCAUUUGGAGAGAUCGUUGCAGUGCUCGGGGACCUGACGAACAGCAAGAUCAUUGACGAGUGGCUAGACGCAGUGAAAGAAUUUGGGUUCGCACCAACUAUUGGAAAGAUGCUGCAUGCUUAUAAGCAGGAGUCGUUGUAUCAUCAGCGGAACGCAGUCAGAGCUGCAAUGGAUAAAGAUAUCAAUGGCACGACGUAA